UGUACCAGGAAGUAGGAAGUAAAUAGAGCAGAGUCGUGGUGCCACAGGAAAAAAACUGGUGGCACCAUGCUGGACGGCUACAGCCCCAUGACCCAGGCCCUGCUGGGGACCCUGUUCACCUGGGCUCUGACCGCUGCAGGAGCUGCCCUGGUCUUUGUCUUCUCCAGCCGGCAGAAAAGCAUCCUGGAUGGCAGUCUGGGUUUCGCAGCCGGGGUGAUGCUGGCUGCUUCCUACUGGUCAUUACUGGCACCAGCGAUCGAUAUGGCAGAGGAUUCUGGGAAAUACGGCUCCUUUGCUUUUGUUCCUGUGGCCGUGGGAUUCAGUCUGGGAGCGGCGUUUGUUUACUUCGCUGACCUUGUGAUGCCUUUACUGUUGGUCCUCGCUCCUUUUCGGCCCUUCUUCUGUCUUCACCGUUCUUCCACCUUACUUCCCUCUUCCUUCAUCCUCUGGCCUUUCCUGUCUGGGCGCCAUGGCGACAGUAGUGGAAACAUGGGCCUAUGA